AUGCGCGGUAUCUCGGCCCUCCGUCCCCUCGUCCGACCGGCGCCCUUGCCGCGUGCGGCGUACGCCCGCGCCCUCCAGGCCCGCAACUUCUCCGGAACGUCUAUCCGCCUGAACGAGCAGAAGAAGGAGGACGCCAAGGAGGACAAGAAGGACGAGAAGAAGGAGAAGGAGCAGAAGAAGCGCGGCUACGACGAGGACGCCGGCCCGCCCCAGAGCCCCUUCAAGGUCUUCCUGCAGGUGUUCAAGGAGGAGAUUGAGAAGAACCAGGGCUGGCAGCAGAACGUCAAGCAGCUCUCCGGAGAGGUCGACAAGAUGGCCGACUCGAAGGCCAUGAAGGCUGCCAGGGAGAUGUACGAGCGUACUAGGAUGGCGAACCUGAUGAAGGAGAACCCGCGUCUCGCCAAGGCUGCCGAGGACCUGAAGAAGGCCGGCAUGUCGGUCAACGAGGCGAUCAACAAGGCGCUCGCCGACUCGGAGGUGCUCAAGGCGAUUGCCGCCGCUUCGCAGUCCGUCUCUGCGUUUGCCGACCGUGCGACGCAGCCGAUCCGUGACACCGAGGCGUACAAGCAGAUCGCGGCGAGUGUGAGCGAGGCCUUUGACGAUGCCGCCGGUACCGGCGCCCGUUACGGUGGAUACGCGGAGAAGGAGGAGCGACGAAGGAAGCGUGAGCUUCGUGCGCAGAAGGCCGGCAAGAAGACCAAGCGUGUUGCUGAGAACCCUGACAGCCGUGGUGUGGCGAACCCGUCUGGUGUGACAGAGCUAACUCUCAGUGCCGGAGAAGCCCUCGUCGUGUCCGCGAACCAGGAGCCGACGUCUUCCCGCCUCUCGUUCAUCACCGAGUCGCCGACGUACCAGAAGCUGCGGGAGCAGUACUACGAGUCCGAGAACCCGGCGGUCGAGAGUUUCCGUUCGAUGGCGUCGACGGUCGCGGGCUGGUUCGGCGAGAACGAGACGGCGCGCGUCAUCCGCACGAUCCGCGAGAUGGACCCCGACUUCAACAUGGACUCGUUCACGCGCGAGCUCCGCGAGUACAUUGUUCCCGAGGUUGUUGACGCGUACCUGAGUGCCGACCGGGAAGCGCUCAAGCAGUGGUGCUCUGAGGCUACCUUCAACGUCCUCUGGGCCACGAUGGGCCAGUACAUCAAGCAGGGCCUUGUUUCCGACUCGAAGAUUCUCGACAUCAAGCACGUCGACAUUGUCUCGGGCAAGCUGCUCGAGAACGAUGUUCCGGUGUUUGUCAUCUCCUUUGCGUCGCAGGAGGUGCUCUGCUUCCGCAGCGCCAAGACGGGCGAGGUCAUUGUCGGUAACGAGAACGGCGUCGAGCAGUGCCGCUACGCCUUUGUCCUCACGCGCAUCGACAAGGAGGUCGACAACGAGCUCACUGGCGGAUGGAAGGUCGUCGAGAUGGCCCGCCACGGCCAGAAGAGCUUCAUUUAUCCCCUCACUCCCCCUACCAAUCCUCCCAAACCGCCCAAACCCUACGAUAGACUUGCAUUUGCACCCUUUUCUAUGCACACCACCAUUCUCACGAGCACCUUUAGGUUGCAUGCAGAAGAUAGGCGCGAGCUGAACCACAAAUUCUCGCAGAAUCCGGACCGGGUGCACGGAGCUGCGGGCAAACGGACCGGUGCUAUCGGUGCGGUCAAGUGA